ACAGCGCGGCUGUGGCUUAUUGAGUCUGCGCUAACAGAAAAGGAGGAGGUUCCCGAAUAGAGUCCUUUAUUUAUUUCUUUGUUUCCAGUGGGGAAAAAUAAUAACAGCGACAAAUACCACAGGCACUUCAUUUAUUAUCUGGGUCCGAAUACUCAAGAAAACUGGAUAAGAUUACAGUGGUUACUCGAAGGCCAAAGCCAAGGGGAGGAGGAUGAAGCGGCGCAAUGCGGACUGCAGCAAACUCCGACGGCCGUUAAAACGGAACCGAAUCACUGAGGGUAUAUACGGCAGUACCUUCCUGUACCUGAAGUUCCUGGUGGUUUGGGCCCUGGUGCUGCUGGCAGACUUUGUAUUGGAGUUCAGGUUCGAGUACCUCUGGCCGUUCUGGCUCUUCAUCCGCAGUGUGUACGACUCCUUUAGAUACCAGGGGCUGGCCUUCUCAGUAUUCUUUGUGUGUGUGGCGUUUACCUCGGACAUUAUUUGCCUCCUCUUCAUCCCAGUGCAAUGGCUAUUCUUCGCUGCCAGUACCUAUGUGUGGGUGCAGUAUGUUUGGCAUACAGAGAGAGGAGUCUGCCUGCCCACAGUGUCUCUAUGGAUACUCUUUGUGUACAUCGAGGCAGCCAUCAGAUUCAAAGACCUGAAGAACUUCCACGUGGACCUGUGUCGUCCCUUUGCAGCACACUGCAUUGGCUACCCAGUGGUCACGCUGGGCUUCGGCUUCAAGAGCUACGUAAGCUAUAAGAUGCGCCUUCGGAAGCAGAAGGAGGUGCAGAAGGAGAACGAGUUUUACAUGCAGCUCCUGCAGCAGGCUCUGCCUCCGGAGCAACAGAUGCUCCAGAGGCAAGAGCGAGAAGCAGAAGAAGCAGCAGCAGCAGCAGCAGCUAAAGGAAUAUCUGAAGUGGACACGCCUCCAGUGUCACAGAAUGGCGCUCCAGCCAAUAAAAAGACAUCGGCACCUCUGCCAGAGUUAGAGUUUAGAGAAAAAGGGAAAGAGGGAAAGGGCGAUGCUAAAAAACAGCACAACAGCAUCCUGCCAUCAGCAGUGGACUCUAAGCUCCAAGAGAUGGAGUAUAUGGAGAACCAUAUGAACAACAAGAGACUGACCACAGAGCUGGGCAGCACAGAAAACCUGUUGCUUAAAGAGGACAACAAUUCAUCGUGCUCCUCCUCAUCCUCAUCCUCCUCCAAAAACUACAAAAAUGCUAGCAGCAAUGCUGCGACGCUCAACUCCUCCCCCCGCGGACACAGUGCUACCAACGGCAGCGUCCCCUCCGCACCCUCAUCCUCCUCUUCCACGGGGAAGAACGAAAAGAAGCACAAGUUAGCAGUGGGGAAGGGGACAUCGGGGGGCUCCCACAGGGAUCCCACAGACAACUGCAUCCCCAACAACCAGCUGAGCAAGCCAGAAGCACUUGUUAGGUUGGAGCAGGAUGUAAAGAAGUUGAAGGCUGACCUGCAGGCCAGCCGGCAGGUGGAGCAGGACCUGCGCAGCCAGAUCGGCUCGCUGGGCAGCGCCGAGCGCUCCAUACGCACCGAGCUGAGCCAGCUGCGCCAGGAGAACGAGCUGCUGCAGAACAAGCUCCAUAAUGCAGUGCAGGCAAAACAAAAGGACAAACAGUCAGUGGGCCAACUGGAGAAGAGGCUCAAAGCAGAGCAGGAGGCUCGAGCCGCCGCAGAGAAACAGCUCGCAGAUGAAAAGAAGCGGAAGAAGUUAGAGGAGGCCACAGCAGCCAGAGCAUUAGCACUAGCAGCAGCAUCCAGAGGGGAGUGCACAGACACGCUGAGGCGGCGAAUCAAUGAAUUAGAAACAGAGUGUAAGAAAUUAUCAAUGGACAACAAGCUAAAGGAAGACCAGAUAAGAGAGCUUGACUUGAAAGUUCAGGAGCUUCAUAAAUAUAAGGAAAAUGAAAAAGACACAGAGGUGCUGAUGUCGGCGCUGUCAGCUAUGCAGGACAAGACGCAGCACCUGGAAAACAGUCUGAGUGCAGAGACCAGGAUCAAACUGGACCUGUUCUCUGCGCUGGGAGACGCCAAGAGACAGCUGGAGAUCGCACAAGGUCAGAUUCUGCAGAAGGACCAGGAAAUAAAAGAUCUGAAACAGAAGAUAGCCGAAGUGAUGGCCGUCAUGCCCAGCAUCUCCUACUCAUCCGACAACAGCAGCAUGAGCCCCGUGGCCCCCCAUUACUCCUCCAAGUUCAUGGACACCAAUCCCUCCGGCCUGGACCCCAACGCCUCCGUAUACCAGCCACUCAAAAAGUGAACGCUUCGUCCCGCGCCCUCUCCUGCCUCAGUCAUCUUUUAUUUCUCCUGCAGGCCCACCACCUUCCACUCUGCUCGGCAUGUCUGCGCCUGAGAACAUUGUUUUUCUCUGGUUUUAUUUUGUUCUCCUCGCCAGGUCAAAAGGAUGUUGUAUCGUGUGACUGUAUUUGUUGUAGUUAAAACAAAGACA